AUGGUAUUAAUUCAAAUAGAAAUUCAUCAAGUACUACGCAUACUUCAAAUUUGUGGAACAUUCACGAGUACAUGGCCACCUGAAUCCACGGCUAAAAAGCGCGAAAUCUUUUUUCGAGAUCUCAGUUGGACUUUAGCAAUUUUAAAUGUACUGGGAUCAGUACCAUCUUUGAUUCUCGGUGCUUGGUAUUUUAAAAAUGACGUUAUUCGAAUGAUGAAAGCAUUGUCCGAAUUGACGGCACUCAUGGAAGUGCUAUUCGAUUUAAUUCUGUGCAGAAUAGGAAGAUCGCGUUUACAGAAACUUUUGGCAAAAGUGAAAGACUUCCUCGAACAUUCUGAGUUAUGUGAAAAACAUAUCAUACAGAAAUAUAUAAACCGUUAUUCGGAUUUCUUCGUCUUUGUUGGAAUAUCUUACAUCUUAGCGGCAAUAACUUUUUCCUGUGGUCCUUUGUUCUUGCCUAUAAAUCUUCCAAUGGAAGCAUGGUAUCCAUUUUCUACCGAUACUUUUUACACUAGAAGUAUUCUUUACAUUAUGCAAGUAUUCGCCAUCUUACAAACGGGAUUCUGUAUCACGGUGGACUUUAUGAUUGCUAUGUUCUUCUGGUAUUCUGCUGCAAGAUUAGAAAUGCUGGGACAAGAAUUACAACAAAUAACACAUGAAAAUCAAAUAAAAACAUGCAUAAGAAAACAUCAAGAAAUAAUAAGGUAUUCAAGGGACAUCGAACCUCAUCGCGUUACAAAUGCGUCGUACCUGAGGCAAAGCCCCACGUACGUUGUCUCAAGACGUAGUAGGGAGCCGAUAGGCGAUAGCUUACGAAAAUCGACCAAAAUGUGCAGAUUGUGCCAAGCUCUGAGGCACUGA